CAUGAUGUUAUUAUUUAUGAUGAUUGUGUGUAUAUUUAAGCUAGAAACAGAGCUGCCAUCAGGCUGUGAGCUCAGACAGAAAGACGCUGCUUCUUGUGCGCUAGACGCCAGACUCCGUUUAAAAAAGAGGUCAGAGGUCAGGAUGGGUCGCUCCUCCAAAGACAAGCGGGACAUUUACUACCGUCUGGCCAAAGAGGAGGGCUGGAGAGCGAGGAGCGCCUUCAAGCUGCUGCAGCUCGACCACGAGUUCAACUUGUUCACAGGUGUGAACAGAGCGGUGGAUCUGUGUGCAGCUCCCGGCAGCUGGAGUCAGGUCCUCAGUCGGAAACUCAGAGGGCGGGAGGAGAAGGGUGAUGGCGGUGAGGAGGUGAAGAUCGUGGCGGUGGACCUGCAGGCCAUGGCUCCUCUUCCAGGAGUCACUCAGAUUCAGGGAGACAUCACCAAGGUGUCGACAGCUCAGGAGAUAAUCCGUCACUUUGAGGGUCAGCCGGCCGACCUGGUGGUGUGUGACGGAGCUCCAGAUGUAACCGGGCUCCAUGACGUGGAUGAGUACAUCCAGGCUCAGCUCCUAUUGGCUGCGCUGAACAUCACAACACACGUUCUGAAACCUGGAGGGACGUUUGUGGCCAAGAUCUUCAGAGGUAAAGACGUGACUCUGCUGUACUCUCAGCUGAAGAUCUUCUUCAGUGGUGUGACCUGCGCCAAGCCUCGCAGCAGCAGGAACUCCAGCAUCGAGGCGUUCGUGGUGUGUCAGAAUUACUGUCCUCCUGAAGGUUACGUCCCCAACAUGUCCAACCCUCUGCUGGAUCACUCCUACGAUGUGGACUUUAACCAGUUAGAGGGUCCGAACCGUGUCAUCGUUCCUUUCCUGGCGUGUGGUGACCUCAGCGCCUUCGACUCAGACAGAACCUACCCUCUGCAGCUGGACGCUGGUAAACAGUACCAGUACACCCCCCCCACCCAGCCGCCCAUCCGGCCCCCCUACCAGCAGGCCUGCCACCUCCGCAGAAACAACCUGCUGUCCAGAGAGGACGCUCCGUCCGGCGGUCCCGACCAGAGCGGAGACCAGCAGCCGCCGGCCGAGUCCACCUGACCGGUCUGACUGAACAACGAUAAAACAGCAGUCCGGCAGUCUGGGAAAUGAUUUUAUCUGAUUUUAUGUGGAGUGUUUUUGUAACGGAUCAGUGUAGAAAUGUUAUAUUUUAGAAAUAAGAGAUUUUUUUUUUGGGGGGGGGGGGGUGCAACUGCAUCUUUAUGGUUCACAUUAAUAAAAUUUUAACAGUAAUUUAAGUCCGAAUGUUUUUUUGUUGUUGGUAAACAUUAUCAGGUUGUAAGCAAAUAAAAUUAAAAUCCUUUGUUGUGCUGCCA